AUGAGCAGUUUACCGUUGUAUCUACUAUCUGCUGGCAGCUGCUGUACCUGCUAUCUGCUGACAGUAGUAGCAGUAAACCACUGUAUCUGCUAUCUUGUGGCAUUAGUAGCAGUAAACCGCCCUCUCUGCUAUCUACCGGCAGUAGUAACAUUAAACCGCUGUAUCUGCUAUCUACUGGCAGUAGUAGCAGUUAACCGCCCUCUCUGCUAUCUGCUGGCAGUAGUAUCAGUUAACCGCUGUAUCUGCUAUCUGCUGGCAGUAGUAGCAUUAAACCGCUGUAUCGGCUAUCUUCUGUCAGUAGUAGCAUUAAACCGCUGUAUCUGCUAUCUUCUGGCAGUAGUAGCAGUUAACCGCUGUAUCUGCUAUCCGCUGGCAGUAGUAGCAGUAAACCGCCCUCUCUGCUAUCUGCUGGCAGUAGUAGCAUUAAACCGCUGUAUCGGCUAUCUACUGGCAGUAGUAGCAGUUAACCGCCCUCUCUGCUAUCUGCUGGCAGUAGUAGCAGUUAACCGCUGUAUCUGCUAUCUGCUGGCAGUAGUAGCAGUUAACCGCCCUCUCUGCUAUCUACUGGCAGUAGUAGCAGUUAACCGCCCUCUCUGCUAUCUGCUGGCAGUAGUAGCAGUUAACCGCCGUAUCUGCUAUCUGCUGGCAGAAGUAGCAGUUAACCGCCGUAUCUGCUAUCUAACCGCCCUCCCUGCUAUCUGCUGGCAGUAG